AAUUAAAAAAAAAAAAAAAAAAAAAACAUGGGCCAGUAACUCAAAAAACCUGACAACAAACUGCAACAUAUAUACUUUGGAAUCUGAUUUAACAAAUCAUCUCCUUAAAGACACUUUAAAAAUAACUGAGGAAAUUUUAGUAUUUACAGAGUAAUUGAUACUAUUGCAUUAUUAAACUUGCUAGAUGUGAAAAAUAGAUUGAGUUUAUACAAAAUAUUAGAUCUUUUAGAAAGGAAAAUAAAAAUGUUGAUAUGUACACACAAAAAUAAAUUACCUAGCUGCUCCUGGAGAUUUUUUAAGAGGCUCAAUCCCAUCAAAAUUUAAGGAAAUGUGAAGUAGGAGCAAUGCAAGAAAGAACAGCGUCCAACAGACCAUCCUUGUUGAAUUGCAGGCCUUUCUUGGGUCUGUAUGCUUUUCAGUUGGAUUUUAGUGUGAGAAUGGUAACCUAACCACCAUCCAGAUAUUCAUAUUCCCAAUAUCUGGAUGAAAACUCAUCAACUUUCUAAUCAAAGUCUUCUUUCCGCUGAAUCAAUGGUCUGAGGUCCCUCUUCAAUUUCUAAAUUUGAUUUUUCCUGCCAGAGCCCCUUGGAUAUAUAAGAAAAUUGCAGUGAUUUAUAUAAUAGCUUCUCAUAUCAGUACAGAUGAAAUGAAAGCCUUCUGAAACUCAAAUAAGACUUUAACACAUGAGGAAACAAUAAUUGAAAAUAUUCCAUUUAAGUAGUCCAAUCUGAAAGAAAGCGUUGGGAUUUUCGUUUUAAAGAAAACAAAUGCUCAGAAAGGACGCGGGGUGGCGCUGCAGCCUUACAAGUAGAGCUAACAAAGCAAACGCCCAGCUACUUUACACAGAUACUCAGUUAAUAGAGAAGCACAGCAGGAAGAAGAGGCUUUUUAAGGUGGCUGUUCCGGAAUAUCCAGGACCUAGGAUUUACAAAUUAUCACAGUGUCUGCGAGAUAUUUGGAGAUCGAAUCAGCGACAAAGUGAGCUGGGAAAUCAGAAGGCGAUGGAGGCCAGAGAGGGGAAGGAACGCGUUUGGAGACAAAGGCAAGUCCUGAUAUUCUUUGUUUUGCUGGGCAUAGCUCUGGCGGGUUCUGAGUCUAGGCGCUAUUCAGUGGCUGAGGAAUCUGAAAGUGGUUCCUUUGUACACAAUUUGUUAAAAGAUCUGGGGCUUGAGGCAGAAGAACUAGCUGUGCGGGGACCUCGGGUCAUUUCCCAGGGGAAAAAAAUGAGUUUACAGUUAGAUAGAUGGACCGGAGAUUUACUAUUAAAUGAGAAACUGGACCGGGAGGGGCUGUGCGGGCCCACCGAACCCUGUGUAUUACCUUUCCAGGUGUUACUGGAAAAUCCCUUGCAGUUUUUUCAGGCCGAGCUACAGAUUAGGGACAUAAAUGAUCAUUCUCCUGUGUUCCUAGACAAAGAAAUGAUUUUGAAAAUUUCAGAAAGUAUCACUCCUGGAACGACUUUCCUAAUAGAACGUGCUCAGGACUUAGAUGUAGGAAGCAAUAGUCUCCAAAAUUACACUAUGAGCCCCAAUUUCUACUUUCAUCUUAAAUUACAAGACAGUCCCGAAGGCAUAGUACCACAGCUGGUGCUGGUCAAAGCACUGGAUCGCGAAGAACAGCCUGAGAUUAGGUUAACCCUCACAGCCCUAGAUGGCGGGACCCCACACAGAUCCGGCACCGCCCUGGUCAUCAUUGAAGUACUGGACAUCAAUGACAACGCCCCUGAGUUCACAAAGCUGCUCUAUGAGGUGCAGGUCCCGGAGAACAGCUCCGUAGGAUUCCAGGUUGCUACCGUCUCUGCUAGGGAUUUAGACAUUGGAACCUAUGGACAAAUAACGUAUGUGUUUUCCCAAGCCUCUGAAGAAAUUCGCAAAACUUUUGAAAUAAAUGUAAACUCCGGAGAACUCCUUUUGAAACAGAAACUAGAUUAUGAAUCAGUUCAGACUUACACAGUAAAUAUUCAGGGGAUAGAUGGUGGGGGCCUUUCUGGAAACUGUGUGGUGUUUAUCCAAGUGCUGGAUUUGAAUGACAAUCCUCCGGAACUAACCAUGUCCACACUUACCAAUCAGAUACCAGAAAACUUGCAGGAAACGGUAAUUGCUGUAUUCAGUGUUUCAGAUCCUGACUCAGGAGACAACGGAAAGACAGUUUGCUCCAUCCAAGAUGAUCUUCCUUUCUUCCUGAAACCCUCUGUAGAGAACUUUUACACUCUUGUGACAAACACAGCUUUGGAUCGAGAGACUAGAUCUGAGUACAACAUCACCAUCACCGUCACCGACUUGGGCACACCCAGGCUCAAAACCCAGCACAGCAUCACCGUGCUGGUCUCAGACGUCAACGACAACGCCCCGACCUUCACCCAAUCCUCCUACACCCUCUUCGUCCCCGAAAACAACAGCCCCGCCCUGCACAUAGGCACCAUCAGCGCCACAGACAGAGACUCAGGCACCAAGCGGGCCGGCCGCGCUGGCUGGCGCUCCGGCGCCCGAGGGCCCCUUCCCGGCCCGCCUGCUGGACGUCAGCGGCGCCGGGACCCUGGCCCACAGCUACCAGUAUGAGGUGUGUCUCUCUGGAGACUCUGGCACUGGUGAGUUCAAAUUCCUCAAGCCUCUAUUCCCCAACCUCGUGGGUCUGGACACGGGGAGCGAAGUUAGACAGAAUUCCAACUGCAGGAACAGCUUUGCGUUCAGCUAAGUAUUGUAUUUGCCUCCUGAAAUCUCCCAUUUAAUUUUCGCCAAGAGCCAAGUGCUAUACUUUUCUUUUAAGAAACAAUAUUGUUCUUUAAAUAAUGUUAGUACUGUUGAUAAGCUGUGCAUGUCUUUUAUACCACUAAAUUUGUGUUUUACUCUGAUCAGUUGCAUGUACCAGUUUUAGUUAUGCUGAUACUAUGUAUUUUCCUAUAUUUGAUCUUUGCUGAUUAAUCGUUUCAUAACUAUAAGUAACUCAAGGAGUAUACAAUUUGUACUGUAAUGUACUUGUUGAUAUUUUAUGAAAAAAACUUAAAGCUUUGAUGAAAUCUUGACUAUUCCAAGAGGUUUUUUUUCCCCACUCCCCUUGUUACUGGAAACUGCACGCAGUGUAUUUCCACUGAGCGACAUCUCCAGGCCUCUCUCAUUUUUUUUUGCUUUUUAAUUCCUGAGUCACCAAAUUUCCCAGGCUGGGUUCCAAUUUGCAGUCCUCCUGCCUCAGCCUUCCAGAGUGUCCCUGUACCUUUACAAUUUUACCAGAGACAGUCUCUCCAACUUUUAUCAUUUCUUGGCUCUUUGUGGUUUACUAUACCACCAGUUUAAGCCCUCUCAGUAGCCAAGAACAUAAGAACCUACAACACUUGUUUCCCUGAGUUGUAUAUAAACAUGCACUUCAUUAAAAUAUUGUUACACAAAAAUUAUGACCCUUUUCCUGCUCUGAACUCCAUUUAUGCUAGAGAUUAUUUUAUUCACAUAAUUGCAACCUACCUAACACAUUGUAAGUGUUCCAUAAGUGGUAAGAUAAAAUUUUUUAAACUACAGUUAAAUAGCAAUUAAAGAGAAAAUAAUAUUUGUCAUUCUUUUUACUAAAUAAAACUGUUAAAUCACUCCAUGACCCUUUUUAAACAAAAUCUCAGAAUAUGAAUUAUUCUUUCUUGAGGGCAUGAUAUGUCUUGUUCUGCCUUUAUACUUACAAGUAGAAGUGAAAUUGUAGUUUACUGUGCACAUUUCCUUUUGUUUUCCAACAGCUUCUUCCUACUUUUGUAAAGAGUCAGAAAUUUUUUUAGAAAUUAUUCUGUUUAAGUGUGAUUAUCGGUUAAUCUCAGAUAUUUUUUUCUUUUUUGAUGUGGACAGUCUUUAUCAUCAAAUAAUGAUUUCGGUGUGAUCUUUAGUUGGCUUAUAUUUUGUUCUUUGACAUAACCCCCAGUUAUUUUUAGUUAAUUUAAUUUUUCAUUCCAGCUGACAUUAUCACUGUAUGAAAUAAGCAUUGUCUCUGAAGAUGGGAAGAGUAAUGGAUAUACCUGAAUUGUAGUUUUAUGUUGUGUUCAGUAAGCCUAGCAAACUAAUUCUAUAAUUUCUGACUAAAAUUUAUAUGGAUAUAACUAUAAGACAGCUUUACUGAACUUUUGACAGAAUGUGAACAAUUAAAAUGUUUACUUUGCAAUUUAACCUUUAUUUGUAAAUCUCAUGUCUCAUUCUCCUGGAGUUUAAGUGCUUGUGCUUUUCCCUGGAUUACUAAUGUUCCUGAGGAUAUAAUAAAAUAGAAAAGAUAUUGACUA